AUGUCACUCUGUCUUCUCUUGUUCAGUGAGCAACAUGGACUUUGUGUUGAAAGUGGUCAGUUCUAUCCGAACAGCGUACAGUCACUAAUAAACGAUACAAAUAUUGAUUAUUUUGAAGCUGUUGAUGGAUCGCGUGCAGCUGAAGCAAUAGUUGAUUCAAUAUUAAUUAAUGGACGUGGAAUAUAUUUUGAUCGUUUAGCAAAUUAUUCUUCAACGACACCAUUAGAAAGAUUAAGUGUAAGUGUAAAUCAAACAUAUCGUUUACGUUUGAUUAAUGGUGGUAGUGUAUUCUCAUUACGGUUUUCAAUUGAUAUGCAUUCAUUAGAAGUUAUUGAAUCAGAUGGUUUACCAUUUGAACAAUCAAUAGUUGUUGAUCAAAUCAUAGUAGGACUCGGUGAACGAUUCGAUCUUCUCAUAAAUACCACGAAUAUCAACCCUAAUAGCAAUUAUAUGAUUCGCGUAGAUACUUUAGACAAAAAUAAUAAUCCUCGAUGGCAUGGUCGUGCUAUUCUUGAAUACAGCAACAACAAUAUUGACGUUGAGCAAGAAGAAUCAUUCAUCAGCAAAAAUUGUUCGAAACAAUAUCCAUGUCGAAUACUAAAUUGUCCAUUCACUCAAUAUGGUUCAGAUAAAGAUUCAUUUAUAUGCUUAACAUAUUCAAAUAUGACAACAAGUUCAAUUCAUAUUGAUAAAAACUUAGUGCAACUAGAAACAACAAAUAUAACUCUGCGUAAAACUAUAUCACUGACACACGUUGAACCAUCAUUAUCAACACAGAUGAGUGGUUAUGAAGCAAUCAAUUGGAUUGGAAUGAAAUUACCAAUACUUACACAACCGAUUUUAUUUGAUCCAAUUGAAGCUAGAAACCAGUUUACAUGUACAAAUACUUUGUUAUUAAGUGAAACAAAUGGUGAAAAAUGCUACCAUCAUGUGGUACUAAAAUUAAACGAUACAAUUGAGUUUUUGGUAAUUAAUCAUGAUGAUGAUCAACAUCCAAUGCAUCUACAUGGACAUUAUUUUCAUGUUGUUGAACAAGGGCUAGCUGAAUUAAAUGAAACAAGCGGUAUCUAUGUAAGUAAUAAUCCUAAUGUUGAAUGUGAUGAGCAUGCACAAUGCCAGUAUAAAGCAAAUAUUUCGACAAAUAAUAACGUUCUGUUGGUAAAAGACACCGUUCAAGUGGCUAAAGGAGGGUAA